AUUGGGCAACGGCAUAACCGUUGAUUGAAUUUUAAAUUGAAUUGUGUUCAUCCUUGCGGAAUAGUACAGCUGUGAGUGUUGCUAGAGCAGGCAGGAAUAGUGGCGUCGGGCCCACAACCGUGCUCGCUGGCAAAAGCACGGUUGUGGAUGCUCUCAAGGCACGGUUGUGGAUGCUCUCAAGGCUUUUGGAAAACGAAUUGUUGACCAAGGACGUUUUACGGUUACAUACUCACCAUCUUCAAAUCUACUCAUCCGAAACCCGCCGCCGGUACUUCUCCGCCGCCGUCGCCAAUUCAUCUCAAUAAUGGAGGGAGUAGGGGCCAGGUUCGGCCGAUCUUCCACCCGUUUCAGCGGCCCCGCCACCGUCUUCACCGACCCGGUUCGCAAGUGGAAGAAGAAGUGGGUUCACGUGCAGCCGCCCAAUUCCAACAACCACCACCACACGGCCUCCAACGGGAACGCUAAUGGAAGCAACGGCUCCUCCCACCUCCAGUUUUACAAGUGGACGCCCAUCGCUCCCAGCCAAUCGAAAGACGGUAGCAACAAUGAUAGCAACGGCGGCGAUAAUGCCAGUGCUGAACCUAAGGAUUUGAGUAAAGAUGGGGAUGUUGCCGUCGAGAAGCCUCCCAAGAGACGAUUCAAGUAUAUUCCGAUUAUUGUGCUUGAAGAACAAAAAGUUGAAUCCUCUGAGCAGAUGGAGGAUGAAAAUAAGUCAAGUGAAGAUAACUCAGAUGCAAUCGAGGCAACAUCCAGAGAUGACGAAAAACCUGACAUGAAUGAUGUACCAAUGGAUGAAAACAAGGAUUCAGAGACCAAUCGUGAAGAACGGCAAGAUCUGAACGUAAGUACUUUGGAUUUGAGUCUGGGGUUGAAGGCUCAUGAUGGUGAAAAUGAGUCCGAGUCGAGAGCAGAUCAAAACAAAGAUGAGUAGAGCGAAUCAGCUCGUCAUUUAUUCAGACGUCGCUUGAUUUAUGCAAAGCCUAAGGGUUGGAAGCAAAUGCGCAAUCUAAACCUGUUGAGUAAGUGUUUGCUGCGUUGCUUAUACUUGAGAAAGUAGAUUUGAGGUCACUUAAGGUUGUAAUUUUAGGUUGUUUGCUUCUUUCUGAAGUGAUAUUGCAUUUGUAUGAUUUCGUCUCCACUUGUUGAUGAAAUCAAUUUUUUCACUCGAAUUCGAUUUUUCAGGACGCACUUCUUGCUGGGAUUAUAUAACCACUUACCACGGCUCGGAUUUAUAAAUGAUUUGAACUAUUUGCUGCA